CCGCCCCCAGCCCCGCCGCGGCUCCGCCCCCGGGGCCGCCCCAGGUGCCGGCGGGGGGGGGGGGGGGGGCGGCUCUCGCCACGCGAGCAGCGGCCGCGGGACCCGCACGGUUCGGCUCGGCUCGGCUCGGCGCUGCCGCUCCUCCGCCUCAGGUUCAACAGUGUGACCACUCUCUUGAUUCAUAUACUCACAGCAAAGCCUCCAUCUGUCUCAUGGAUUAUAGAUCUAAAUUGUGCCAUUGGAUAGCCAGGAGUCUAACAGAUGGCUUCAGUAACAGAUGCCAGAUACAGGCAGAAAGAUACUUCAGAUCAAAAUUUUGAUUACAUGUUCAAGCUCCUGAUCAUUGGCAACAGCAGCGUGGGUAAAACAUCAUUCCUCUUCAGAUACGCUGAUGACACUUUCACACCAGCCUUCGUUAGCACAGUAGGAAUUGACUUCAAAGUGAAAACAGUUUAUAGGAAUGACAAACGGGUGAAACUGCAGAUUUGGGAUACAGCUGGACAAGAAAGAUACAGGACCAUCACUACAGCCUACUACCGAGGAGCCAUGGGCUUCGUCCUCAUGUACGAUAUCACCAGUGAAGAUUCCUUCAAUGCAGUGCAGGACUGGGCCACACAAAUCAAGACUUACUCCUGGGACAAUGCACAAGUGAUCCUGGUCGGAAACAAAUGUGACAUGGAGGAUGAAAGAAUUGUUCCUGUGGAGAAAGGGAAACAUCUGGCAGAUCAGCUAGGUUUUGACUAUUUUGAAGCUAGUGCCAAAGAAAACAUCAACGUAAGGCAGGUGUUUGAGCGUCUGGUGGAUAUAAUUUGUGAAAAGAUGUCAGAGAGUAUAGAAUCGGACCCUUCCAGGGGCACUUCUGGAAGGAGCAUGCGACUCACAGACAACCCACCCCCUUCGCAGCAGAAUUGCUCGUGCUAGUGACCUUUCUUGCUGAGAAACGUCCUUCUUUCCUGACUAAAUUUUAUCUUUUCAUUUGUAGUGGUGCAUUAUCAUGUAGUCCAAAGGCAGAAGUCUCUGUUGUAGGAAACUGGUAUGUUUGUUUCAUGUGCUGGAGUGUUAAUAUUAUGUAUGUAUUUCCUCAUCCAAUACUUUAAAACACAAAAAUCUGAAUAAAUAUUGUAAGUGCACCUAGUGUUAAUGUGAGUUACACUGAAGAAAAAGAAUUGUAUAGUGUUGCAAAUGUUAUUUCCACAGAGAAUGUUGCAUUUUUAAUUAUAAAUUCCUCUACUGCAGAAAGAGGUUUUUUGUCAAGAACAGCAGGAAACAUAAAAACCAAUUAGAAGGGACAAGAUCUAAAAGAAAAUGGGGAAAAAAAUCUCUUAUAAAGCAAGAAUUUAAAAAAAAUAAAAAGAUCAAUCCCCAGAUAUUUUGAGAGUCAUUAUUGCUGUCCUCUAGACAGGGACCUCAGUUUUUCUGUAUGAUGGAGCAGAAAGCAGUGCAUUUCCAUCUGACAGUUUGAGGUCCUCCAGAGAGCAGAGAGGAAGGGGGAGGUGGAUUUUGUGUCAAGCUUCUAAACAGAGGAAGAGCGCAUGGAGGAAUCAAAGCUGCCAGGCAGGCAAAGAGGAGGAGGAGAAGGCCUCGCAGCCGUACCUGCAUGUCCCUGUGCUCUUACCUGGUGCUGGGUGAGGGAGCAAGAGCCCUUCCAGGGGCUGCCCUUGCCUGCAACCUUCCCCACAGUCACCAGGAAUGGCUUGCAGAGUGCUGGGGGUGAUGCUGCGUUCGGCACCUUGCUGUCCCUCAUUUUUUGUUUCUAGAAGCCCAAGAGCCGACUGUCCUGCAGCUUUUCCCCUGUAUCCUGUAGUUUUACUUCUCCAGAUUUGGAUCUACUCUGAUCAACUGCUUGAUGGUGGCUUUGUUGCAGGAUGAAGGAAAGGAGGAAUUGGCUGCUGCAUGCUUAGUUGGAGGCAAAAUCUGACAUGUAAGACUUGGAACAGCACUGUCUCAGAAAGAUAAAAAUAUCAGGAGCCAAAAUGUGAGUGUCGACAAAUAUUAGUGCCAAUGUUUUUAGAUUUUCUUUCUGCAUUUUGUUGUUGAUUUAUUUUUAAUUUUGUGCUAGAUGGGUGCGUGUGUAGGGAUAGUUUUUCUGGUUUCAGAUUCGACCACAGAGUAUAAUUUAAGAAAAGGAAGAUUGAUUAAUAAAACAUAACUGCAAAUGAAAAUGGCAAAGACGUCCUGUUAGUUAUUCUAUGGACGUUUUGUUGCCUCAUUCUUUGAAGGGAGGAACAAUUUUUAAUACUUGACAUCUGAAAUAGUUAUACUUUCAACACCUCUAAAGUUACAAAACUUCUACAUCUGUGUGUAGAACUCUGUGUGCAUUAGCCACACACAGAGCCUGUAUUUCUCUGAAAUAUAUGGAGGAACUGCUUUUGCGAAUCUGUGAAAUUACAUACACUCUAUGCCUUUAUGAUCACACACUUGUUUGCGCACCCCAGCACCAGUGAUUGCAAAUUGUGUCUGUAAAUGUAAAUUAGGUGGAUAUGGAGAGUUUGCUGUCUUAAGGUGAAAAUUCUGAAAAGUUUUAUGGCUUUACCUUAGGCCCAUGAACUCCUCUGACUGAGGAGACAUUCUGAUGUCAGAAACUGGAGUCGAGUAUCUGUCCACUGCAAUGUAACUUGCUGGAUCAUGACACUAGGGAAUGCUUUUGUAAUUUCAUUCUGUUACGUCUCAAAGUGUAAUAGUUCUAAGAAAAAAGCACAAUAUUCUGGAGAAAAAUGCAACUACAUUGACGUAGUUUGAGCUCAUUGUGCUAGAGGCUUGAUCCCUUCAUUUGUUUGUAUGUUGCUUUCAGAAAUCUCUACUGUGACGUAUUUUGGGUGUGUGUGAUCUAGUACUGAAAGUGCAAUUUGUGCAGUGCUAGGAAUAUGGUUAUUGUAUCUAAACCCCUGAAACUGCAAAAUAAAGAGAAAUGUAGUCA